AUGAUGAGGUUCUUUUUCCUUGGUCUCUUUGUUUUGGUCCUCUGGGCUCCCACUUACUGGGCUGUCAGACAGAAGCGCAAACAUCCAGUUGAGGAUCUGAGUUCCUCGUUCUCUCCUGAUCUAAAGGUGUCAGCCCAGCCAGUGAAAAGCCAAAGGCAGCUGAUGGAGAAUGAGCUAAACCUGGGAAAGGAUGUGGAGGAAGAGCUCUCCAGAUCUGCUGCCACUAAAGUAAAACUUCCUGGUGGAAGAAAGGAGCUGCCUUUGAGAAGAAGGAAACUUUCCAGCCUGAAAAACAGUGCCUUGAAGAGAAAGGUGCCAAUUCACCUCAGUCAAGAUGACCAAACAUGGAAAAAAGGAGACAAAGCUAAGAAGGUGGAGGAGUCUAUUGGAUUUGGGAAGAAAGUGCUGAGUGUUAAGAAAACAGAGAGCAGGAGUGCAUUGCAUGCUAUACCAGAAGCUACUGGCUUGGAGACCAACAGCAGCCUCACUCAAGCAAGAAACAGAUAUGAGCCAGAAGGUUCGAUUUUGAAUCAUUCCACAACAGCACCAGUGCAGGGAGACAUUGCCACCCACCAGAAAAAGGCAAGAAAAGGAGAUGCCUGCAAAUAUAAGACCGUGGCUCAGAUGGAAACGGGACAAGCUCUAGACCCUCGGUAUAGAAGUGAAAACUGGACAUCCUCUUUUUCUGUCUAUAAUAAAUGUGUCAUUCGGACAAAAGCAAGAAGCGACCCUGGAUUUUUCCACAGAAAUGCCAGUUGGGUAUUGUUGCAAAAGCAGAACCGCUGCACACCAAGAAAGACCAAUAGGUCACCGACAGAAAGAGCCCACGGCAUUUUCAAGGAAAACGACAACGGCACAGUGACCUGGAAGAAACAUGGCCUUCACACUAGGAACAGCACUCAUGCACCCAGACAGAAAGAGGUUAGGCUUCUCCACAAGCAUGCCAGCCCACCUCCAAAAGGGAAGUUGCAGCCAAUCUCCUCUGCAAAUGUCACCCUGAGGCCUCCUGGAGAAAAGCAGGGACCCUUCCAGAAGAUUGGUAAAAAGAGAGCUGGCAUUCAAGCAGAGCUGGCAAAAGGACCGGUUACUCUGUGUAGCCGGGCUGAAGACGGAAAGGAUUCCACAACUUCCUUACGAAAUGCGAGUCAGUCCCUUCUGCAGGAAAAGCUCACUUCAUCUUUUAGGGUGGCUAGUGGAGUGUCCCCAGGAAAAAGACUCAGCAGCAAGUCAAGGAAUGCCAGCUGGGCAGCAGAAGACAAGGCCCAGAGCCCUUGCCACAGGAAUGCAAGCAGGUCAUUACCCAGCCAGGCGCCAGGGCCUCCCCUUAGAAAUGUCAGCCGGGCCUUAACAAGAAUUGAACAUGGCCUACAAAGCAAGAAUACUGUCCAGGCUCAGCUGGGGAAUAUCACCCAAUCAAAAGCUAGGAGAGGACAAAGUUUACCUCAUACAAAUAUCUCCCAUGGAAGGAUAGGCCCCCCAAAAAAGCAGCCUGCAAAGCCCAAAGAAAGGAAGGAGUCCAUCAUGCCUUCCCUGCCUCCCACUUGCUUGCUGUCUGAACACGCCGUUGCCUGUGGGAAUGCCCACUUGAAAUACGUGCCCAAACUGACCGAUUCUGUUCUGAAAACCCUCUACCUGGCAGAGAAUGAAAUCAACAAUAUCCCAGCUGGAAUUUUCUUGGGAUUACCUAAUCUGGAAUGGUUGGAUCUCAGCAAGAACAAGCUGAAAUCGACCGGCCUGCACCCAGAAGCCUUCAAGAACCUCACCAAACUGAAGCGUCUAAAUCUGGAUGGGAACCAGCUCACUUCAAUCCCAGCCUUGCCAAGUUCAUUACAUGAAUUUAAACUGAAUGACAAUAAUUUAGCAGGACUUCAGAGACAGAGCUUCAGAGGCCUCUUCAAGCUGCUCACCUUGGAGCUAGAAGGAAACCAGCUGCAUGAUGGCAAUGUUCCCCCUACUGCUUUCAGGGCCCUGGGCAGGCUUAUCUAUCUGAGGCUAGACCGGAACCAUUUUCGGACUAUCCCAUCAGGUUUGCCUGCAUCUCUGCAGGAGCUGCAUCUAGAUUCCAAUCACAUUGAGAAGGUGACUGAGGGUGUCCUCAACAGAACCCUGAAUCUCACUGUGCUGGUUUUGAGCAACAAUAAGCUGGAAGAGGAUCGUAUUGCUCCACGUGCCUGGAUUGACCUCCUGAAACUGGAGGCACUAGAUUUGUCUCACAACUACUUAGUACACGUGCCCUCCUUUCUGCCUCGACGUUUGAGACAGCUGACUUUGCAUCACAACCUCAUUGAACGUAUCCCCGGCUACGUUUUCGCCCAUAUGAAGCCUGGCCUGGAAUUCCUGCAUCUCUCCCACAAUGUGCUGCGGGAUGAUGGCGUCCAUGCCGUCUCCUUCUUAGGGCUGUACCAUUCUCUUGCUGAGCUGCUCUUGGACAACAAUCAAUUCCAGGCCAUCCCCCGUGGCAUCAUCAACUUAAAGAGCUUGCAGGUUCUACGGCUGAGCCACAACCGCAUCCGGCAUGUGCCCCUGAACUCUGUCUGUGACACGAGAGUGUCAGAAGACUCGAACAUUGUGUCUGUGCACUUGGAGAACAAUUUGAUUGAUCGCCGCCGCAUCCCUCCUACAGCCUUCUCCUGUAUCAAAGCCUAUCACAGUGUGAUACUGAGACCACAGCAGAAUGAAGAUGAUUACUAA